AGGCGGGUGAAUGACAGCUGUGCCCCCUCCCCUCCCCGCAGCUCCUACAUCGCCAACCGCGUCACGGACAAGCUGACCCAGAUCCACGACCGCAUUUUCUGCUGCCGCUCCGGCUCCGCCGCCGACACCCAGGCCGUCGCCGAUGCCGUCGCCUACCAGCUGGGCUUCCACAGCAUCGAGCUGGACCAGCAGCCCCUGGUGCACACGGCGGCCAGCCUUUUCAAAGAGACGUGUUACCGGUACCGGGAGGAGCUGACGGCCGGGAUCCUGGUGGCCGGUUGGGACAGGCUGAAAGGAGGACAGGUCUAUGCCGUCCCCAUGGGGGGGAUGAUGGUCCGCCAGCCCUUCUCCAUCGGCGGCUCCGGCAGCUCCUACAUCUACGGCUUCGUGGACGUUUCUUACAAGCCCGGGAUGACCAAGGAGGAAUGCUUGACCUUCACAGCCAACGCGCUCGCCCUGGCCAUGGAUCGCGACGGCUCCAGCGGCGGCGUGAUCCGCCUGGCUGCCAUCACCAAGGACGGGGUGGAGCGUAAGGUCAUUCUGGGCAACCAACUGCCCCGGUUUUCCUCCAUCUGAGAUAACGGCGGCGGCUGGGGGGCGGGGCGGGAAAUGCUUAUAACGGCUUCCGUGAAGGCUUGGAGCGGUGUCCUGUUUUUCGCGGGGACGGGAAUGUGGGUUUUGUCGUCUUCGUGCUUCGUUUUUUUUGUGGGUAUUAAAGGCAGAAAAAUCUCCCCAAUUGU